CUCUUGCAUCCUUCCUCGGCCCUUCAAUUCUCUCAUCGGUGAACAGCGUUUGGACGAUAACUUCGGCGAUAGUAUAGACGUCGACAAGCUGAAUGAAUUACAAUAAUUGAAGGUCUCUUUUAUUUUUACCACUUUAUUAAAAAAAUCUUUUUAUCCCUCAAUUGCUUCUGUCGCGGACUUCGAUUUGAACUUGGGUGGACAAAGAUGAAGAUCAGUGUAAUGACCGUCGAUGAACAAAUCGUCACGCUGGAUGUCGAUCCGCACGAAUCGGUUGAGAACCUGAAAGCUCUGCUGGAGGUUGAGACACAGGUGCCUCUGCAACAGCAGCAGCUGCUAUAUAAUGGAAAGGAGAUUAGGAAUUCUGAGAAAUUGAGUGCCGUUGGAGUUGCUGAUGGAGAUUUGGUUAUGAUGGUUCCAAAGAACUCAUCUUCAAGUUCCAGAGGUGGAGGCCAUGAUUUGAGUUUCAAUCCUGAUGGUUCAGCUGUAAAUCCCUCAGCUUUCCAGAAACAUUUGCGUGGUGAUACUAAUUUGAUGACCCAACUAUUUCAGAGUGACCCUGAGUUAGCACAAGUUGUUCUUGGAAAUGAUCUCAACCGGCUUCAAGAUUUUUUGCGCGCACGUAACCGGCAGAGGUCGGAAUUAAUGCGUAAACAAGAAGAGGAAAUGGCUUUACUUUACGCGGAUCCUUUUGAUGUGGAGGCGCAAAGGAAAAUUGAAGCUGCUAUUCGCCAGAAAGGUAUAGAUGAGAACUGGGCUGCUGCUUUGGAACACAAUCCUGAAGCAUUUGCUAGAGUGGUAAUGUUGUAUGUAGACAUGGAAGUGAAUGGUGUUCCAUUGAAGGCUUUCGUUGACAGUGGAGCUCAGUCAACAAUUAUAUCUAAAAGCUGUGCUGAACGUUGUGGACUGCUUCGGCUUUUGGAUACUCGGUAUAGGGGAAUAGCUCAUGGAGUUGGUCAAUCCGAGAUUUUAGGCCGGAUACAUGUUGCGCCUAUCAAGAUUGGAAAUAUAUUCUAUCCUUGCUCUUUUGUGGUCUUGGAUGCACCCAACAUGGAGUUUCUCUUUGGUUUGGAUAUGCUUCGCAAGCACCAAUGCAUUAUUGACCUGAAGGAUAAUGUGUUGAGAGUUGGUGGAGGCGAGGUUGCAGUACCUUUUCUACAAGAGAAGGACAUUCCAUCACAGUUUAUGGAUGAAGAGAGGCAUGCCAAGGAAGCUACCAGCUCUGGAGCACUAGCAGCAUCUGCAACUAAAGAGAACACUAGUGCACCAGGUGGACCUUCUGGAAGUGCUGGCAAGAACAAUUUGCAGGGACCAGAGUUUGAAGCUAAAGUUGCUAAGCUAGUAGAGCUAGGGUUCGGGAGGGAAGCAGUAAUUCAAGCUCUGAAGCUUUUUGAUGGCAAUGAAGAACAAGCUGCCGGAUUUCUUUUUGGAGGCUGAAAGCCAUCCAAGUAGAAGAUAUCUAUUUAUUUUAUUUGAUUUUUUUUUCUUUCUUAUGGAAUUUGUGUAACACUAAAUCACUCGUUCGAUUAAUCAAGAACUGUGGGAACAAUUCUUUGAAUGGUGUGAGUUGGACCUACUGUUGUUGAUUUAUAGAAAAUCGGAUGCGGGGAAAUUUGAUGUUAUGAUUCGAAACAGAAUUAUGUUAUCUUCAUGGUGAAUGCGUACCUUGAGGCUUAAUUUAGGUUUGUGUUUGAUGAAGUUA